CAUCAAAAUUAUCAUUAGUUUUGGGACAAAAUUGGCUAAUAGAAUAUCUAUUACCAAAAGAUUAUGAUCCUGAUAUACCACCAAUAAUUGAUGGUGAAUGUUAUGUUAAUUCAACUAUUCGUAUACAUACAUUUCGUAUUGUUGAUGAACAAGAAAGUAUUCGUGCCGAUCUUGAUUUAUGUCUUAAAUGGCAAGAUUAUCGUCUACAACCGGUUGAUAUAAAUAGUGAUAUGAAUGUAUCCCGAUGGACCGUAAAUCGUUUUGGUGGUCAUUAUGAUAAAAUUAAAUUGACCGAAGUAGAUCGUUUAUGGUCACCGGGUGUUUAUUUUCGUAAUUCCAAAUCAACACAAAUAACACAAGCAUUAUUACCAUUACAAUAUAUGGAAAUAUGGCCCGAUAGUAAAACUGUUCAUAUGUGCAUCCGAUUUCGUGUUUAUACUGAAUGUUUAUUGGAAUUAAGUAAUUUUCCAUUCGAUUCGAAUCAUUGUUAUUUUGAAUUGGAAAAUUUGGAACGUUUACGAUUACAUAUGGAAUGGAUACAAACACCGGAUGGUAAUUCACAGGUUCGUGUUAUGCACCGGUUUACUGGUUAUUGUCAACCAAUUGGUUUCAAUACAUUUCAUCCGUUGCCAAAACAUGCACAUUUUCAUCAUUUAAAUGAAGAUCAUCGUAAAUCAUUAGAAGAAUCGAAUGUAUUCAAUAAUCAAUCAUGUGUUUAUGGUGCAAUGAAAAUUGUUCGUCAUAUUAAUUAUUAUAUUAUCCGCUAUUAUACAGGUACAUUUCUUUGUAUGUGUAUCUGUUGUAUUGGGCCAUGGAUUACCAUUCUUGCCUACCCGGGUCGUACAAUUUUAUCGGCAACUGUAUUAUAUGCUGUUAUACGUGUUAGUCAUACUGGUUAUGAUGAAGUACCGGCACGUGAUGUUGUAUCAUUUUAUUGGUGGUUUUGGUGUGUACAAUUUUUUAUCUAUUUUUGUAUAAUGGAAUAUGCCCUGGCAAUUGCUUGGUUUUAUUUUGCACGUGAAAAAACUGAAUUUCAUAAACGUGGUUUGGAUACACCUGACGGGCAUUAUUUUGGUAAAAAUGGUUGGUAUCGUUAUGGUGGUCAUUUAAUGGAUCGUUUUUUACAUUGGGUAUAUGGUCCUAUUGAUUUUAUGGCCAGUCCUAUGCAUCGUAAUAAAGUAGAUUAUUUUGCCCGAAUUUUUCUACCCAGUUUAAUGAUAUUAUGGGUAAUGGUUUAUCUAAUUGCAACCGUAUCACCUUGGGCAACUAAAUAUCGUUAUUAUUAAACGAAACA